AUGGAGAAAGCUGAGGUUGCAAAUGCCUCCAUGGAUGCACUGGUGGAGCAAAUCCAAAAGGCAUGGAAGCCGAUUUGUCACAAGCUUGGUUGUGACCACGACAACUUCUGGGACAUCCAUUUCAUGUCACACCUGCAGACCAUGGUUCUCUCGGAGACCGACGCUGCCAAGACGUUGCGCGGCGAGGUUCGCAAGCGCCUUCGGCUGGAGCGUCGAGUCAAGAGCUUCAUGGUCGAGCAUGCUCAGCGCUUUGCCUCAAUGCUGCAAAGCCAAACGUAUUCGCGUGCUGGCCGAUUCUUCGACUACAAUCAGAAGUCCAAGUCUGGGGUGGAGACCUGGAAGCGCUACGGGCAGAAAGGAAAGGAUGCCAUGAUGGAGUUCGUGAUGCCCUACACCACAGGUCUUGCUCAGCUCAAUGAGACCCGGGCCACCCUUCUCUUCGACCAGGUGGAGUACCGGAAGUUCCAAGAAGAAGAGGACCAGAUUGAAAGAGCUCGCUGGAAGCGUGGGGAUCCUGAGGCCGCGCCAGUGGCUGAAGCUUUGCAGUUGGCUCGAGAGUCGUCCAUGGAGAAACACGGAGACACCUUGGAGGAGGGCGAGGACCUCAUUACCGACGUGGAUGACGAGGAGGUAGCCAGGGGUGGAAAAGGCUUCUUCAAGAAGGUUAAGAAAGCGGUCAAGAAAGCUGCCAAAAAAGUGGUGUCCAAGGCCAAGGCGGUAGUCAAAGUGGCUAAGUUUGUGCUGACGCUUUUCGCUUGCAUCGGUGAUGUCUUCGAGUUUGUCACCACUGGCUAUGCCAAAGAUAUCGUUCCAGGGAACAUUGCCUUUGGGGCCGGAGUCACUGUAGGCGACAUGGCCACAGGACUCGUCAAUCUCAUGAACGGCAAGGCGCCGGUGACCUGGAUCUCCAUAGACAUGGGCUUCGCCGUUGGCGUGACCUACAAGGCAGCCUGGGCAGGUUUUGGGGUGGGCGUGGGUGCCAGCUGCAGCGCGGCUGGCUGCGCUGCGUACGUCAGUGUGGGCGUCCUUGGCACCGUCAACUUGCCCAUGUACGCACCCAAUAUAUUCUGCCCUUUCGGCCCAGUCAUUGGUGAUCCAGUCACAGGCUUCCAAUGCUCUCAGGUCUUCGGUGGGUCUAUCUCCGCUUUCUGCUGCAACUUCAACAUGCUUACAGGCAAGAAUGAUUGCAGGUAA